UUACCCCGUCUACCCGGUGACCCCGGCACCCACCCGGUGUCGUGUCCUCACACACACACACACACACGCAUACCGGUCCACAACGCGCACCGUUGCGCGCGGCUCAUUGCAGCUUCCACCGCUACGCACCCACCAGAUCUCUGCAACUAUUGGGUCUGAAACGGCUCUGCAACUUUAACAGCCGCCAGCAUGGUGGAUCCGCACUGACAGAAGGACCCGGGAGAGUUUGGGGGGGACAGCAGGAGCGAGGACGCUCCCCCUGGAGCAGAUCUGAGCCUCACUGCGGCUUCACUCACCAUACUUUACGCGGAUGUGUUCGGCAGCUCGAGCUCGUGAUGUCACAUUUCAUUCAGUGAGCGCUUUUCUCCACGACACUUUGGUACCAAACUUCAGACUGAGGAUCGCCGUGUGCGGCAGGCAAAGAUGGGAUUCCACGGCAGAGAGGACCCACAGAAACACACGCUCCUGUGGCUGCUCGUUGUUUCUCAGUGUGUGUCGACACUAGGCUGCACACCAGGCUACCAGUACGCCAUCGAAGAGUUUUGUCUGGCCAAAUUCAGACUGGACAUGCAGGAGCUGGACCAGAGACAGUGGUGCAGCUGGGAAGACACUGUAGAACUCUACGGCGAGCUGACUAACUGCACGUAUCUGGUGGCCCUGAAGAUGGAGUGCUUCUGGCCCAACCGGCUGGUGGACGAGUUCUUCAUCCGAGUACACAGGCAGUACUUCCACAACUGCUCUCUGUCUGGACGUCUCCUCAGGGACCCUCCAAACCGCAUCUUGGGACCUUUCAUAGUGAUGCCCAUCCUGGUCACACUUCUCAUGACUGCCCUGGUGGUGUGGAGGAGCAAGCGGAGCGAAGGGAUCGUGUAGGGAUGGAGUCGCCCCGUGGGCAGUUUCGACCACAACCAACAGAGGAGCUAAUGGACCUUACAAAAAUGGAGGAAGAACAAUUUGCACCGAAACUAAAUCAGUGCUGUUUAAAUAUAUCAUCGACAAUAUUAAGCUUUGGUUGUCAUUAUUUAUUAUGAAAUUUGUAGAAGUUGUUCAUGUAUAUACGUUUUCCACUAAUACUGGACUUAUCAUAUCGAAAACUUUUCAGGCAACUAGAAGUAGUAGUCACUUUAUUUAAAGUGCAGUUUAGUGCAACUCGAAGACUUGUGUGAAAAUACUUUUUUUUUUUUUUUUAAUCUAAACUAGCAUGGGACAUAUUACGUUUUUUUUCGUUGUCUAUGAGUUUUUCAUGUGGAGAUUUCUGUUUUUUAACCUUCAUUCCUAAUUUAAGCACUUAAAAGUGUGCUACAUCUAGCACACCAGUUGGAUUGAAAAGAGAUGGGCGACAAAAGAAAACACACUGUGGUGAAAGACAAACCCAGACUAGGCUUGAAUUAUGGAAACCUCCUUCGUGUUGUGUUGCUUCCUUUUCAACCAUUGGACCAUUGUUGGUGUUCAGAAUUAAAGUUUCACAGGUAGAGAUAAAUGACUUGUAUUGGCAGGUGUACAUGUAUUAUGCAUACACGUCAUCACAGUACAACAGCUUGUUCAUAUAGUCUUUCAAAUUUUGUCCGUACCAGAUUAAAAGUAAAAAUAUCCAGACAUUAGGGGGACGAUCGUGGUGAGAGUUCAGCGUAUGCAGUAAUGGCAGGCAGGAAGAAGAAUACAGUGGUACCUCGGUUCUUGACCACAAUCCGUUCCAGACGGCCGUUCGAGAAGCGAUUUGUUCGAAAUCUGAGUCGAUUUUUCCCAUUACAAUGAUUGGCAAAAGAAAUAAUGUGUUCCAAGCCUUAAAAUAGUCUUUUGUAGGAGUGAAUGUAGAGUGUCUGCUGCAGGUGCGCUGUUCCUCUAUGUGUGUGGCCGCUGCAUGUGGGAGGAGUUGCCGAGUGAGUGACGUCUCUCCAGAAGUGAAGAGGUGCCCGGUGCGUGUCCAGCUCUGAAUGUGACAAAGUCAUAAACCAAGUCACGCUCUGUCCCAGACUCACCUCAUCCCUGUCCCAGCUCCAGCCCACAACAGGACAUCAAACCCUGGAGUGUGCGCUCCAGCCUCGGAAGUGUGGAGAGCGAGCACCUCCCCUGUGACACUCUACCACGGUCCAGUGUGGAGACAGGAAAGGUUUUACACCCCAAUAUGAAGAAAAAACAGUCAGUAAAUGUAGCUAACGGGACACGUUUGCAUACAGAGGCUGUGUUAUACACAAUAGCAAAGCGCGUUGUGGGUCAGCUGAUCGGUCCGUGCACGUUGUUUUUUCCAGCUUAUUUCGGGGGUGUUUGAGUUCUGGAUUUUCGUACGAAAUCCGAAGCAAAAAAAAAAAAGGCAUUUACCAUGAAAUGACUGACUAGGGGACAGGUGUGGAAUUGGAAUAGAGAACCAGGGGAGGAAGGCCCAUUUAUACUCAGCGGAAGGGGCCCGCUGUCCGUGCUCUGCGUUCAUUUUGUCCGUAUUUCUGCGUGUUUCCAGAAAGCUCACGGAUACGGACCAAAUGUAGCAGUACCACUGGAAAUCAUGGGGGCAAUGUUGCAAGUACUAUCUGACAUGUAGCUCUAAUGAGACACAAAGAAGACAUAACAAUGGCGCUGCCUCCGUUUCAUCUUUUGUGCAUUAAUAAUACUUCAUCCACAGUCACCAUGUUUGUUUUGGAGUCAAGAGCACAAAGAAAAAACAAACUGUCUUCAAGUAACUUUUUCAUCCUGAAUUGACGCCGAAACCAGGGUUCCUCAUUGCAUUGUUGACACAUAGGCGCUUCAAUAGAGUAAAAACUAACCUUUCAUAUAGAGUGCUCCACGAGCUUCACUUCACUUGGUAUAUAUUGCACCUUCUAUGGCUCUCCAUGGUAACAUGCCUGAAACGGGGCUUUAUAUACCAAGCGACAAAUGCACUAUACAGAGCAAAAGGGGGGCUCACCCUAACCCCAACCCCCAUCUUCUUCUAUGUGGCACGCUAACCAUGGCGUCAGGUGCUUCAGUAGGAAGACUGACCCCUGGCUUCCACUAGAAGUGUUUCAUUAAUGCGUCAACAUGCUUGACGUUAGCAUAAACAUAGGACGCAAAAGUCACCAGAAGACGCUUUACUAUUUGAGCGAGAAUGUUUUGUAAGUCAGUCUGGCACAUGCAAAAAUAUAAUUCCAAUGGAAGAAGGAAAAUGGGAGGUGUUUUGUUUUGGAAGAUUGCUAGGAUGGACUGAGGUGUCAAGAAGUUAAGGGCGUAGAACAAAGCAGAAGAACAUCAGCAGAAGAACACAUCUGGAAGAAGGAAGAGAAGCAUGGCUCUAUAGUCGGGAGAGCAGGAGAGAGGGCACAAUGUCAAGACGGCGCUCCAAGAAUAGACUGGCAUGUUGAGCUUGUAGCAAAUACAUCUUCAGUUCUGAAUAGUCAGGAAGUGAUGCAAAACAACCAAAGACAUACUUAUCAUAUAGUGACUGUGAGGAGGUACUGCAUGUCGACAGUUACAGUACAGCACACCAAAGUUGUGUCAUCCAGCACAUAAAUCAUGAUACCCAAUGGUUCAAGCUUUUUCUGUAGCCAUUUUUGACUGAAAACUUACAACUCCUGAAACAGUCAAAAUGCCUCACUUCAUUCAGUCAGAUGUUGCACGUGUCACAGCCAGCAGCGUCAGGAUUGAGAAAACUUUAGCGGUCUAACUACAGAGAAAGCACAAAACAAAGGAUUCAUUUAGCAGACGCGCAUCCCUGCUAAACGUUGCCAUGGCCUGAAGCGUGGUGUGUGAAUCUUGGAUCUGAGGUUUGUAUCGAUUCAUGAUCUCCCAGCAGGCCGGUGUGUGCUGCGCGAGCUGCUUCCUCAUUGAUAUUUUUGAACGCUCUCUUCCCUCGAAAGGAUCGCCGGGCUGUAACCUGUAAUCCUCCUCAACAUGAUCUGGCUCUGAAUUCUCUGCCAAAAGUUCUCUGAACGCAGAUGCUGCGUGAUGCAUCUUUAAUGUUGGAAUUGUGUUGAUCGGUUUGUGAAAUUAUGACCAUGAACCUGAGUUAAGAAAUAAAGUCUUUCUUGUGUGUCUGGUGGCAUCAAAUAUUUUGUCUGCAAAUGAAAAUGUGUGGUCUUGAAUCAGAUAUACACACAAGUGAUGCACAAAUUUCACGAUGGUGCAUAGAGAAACAGCCUUCAGAACUACCACUAAACC